GGAGAGGAGAGCUUCCUUACAGCUCAUCGCUUCAUAGCUGUCAACACAUGGGACUGGUUCGGACUUCAAACCCAAACACAUUUGCAAUAACGUCACUUUUGAACAAUUGUCAUCACGCCACGGACACCAAGAAGCAUUCGAGUGGGAUUUAACCAUGGUUUCCAUGGAGCACGUGGCACACAAGCUACUAACUUACUUGCCAUAUGUUCUUGUUUUGAUUGACAUGCGAUUCGAAGGAGUCAAGUGUGGCAGGGAAGGGAGCGUAGACCAUCACAUGGAGAUGGGCAAGAAACUGCUCGCAGCAGGACAACUAGCCGACGCUCUCUCGCACUUCCAUGCCGCUGUGGAUGGAGAUUCCAAAAACUACUUGGCCUAUUACAGGAGAGCCACAGUGUUUCUGGCCAUGGGCAAGUCUAAGUCGGCGCUGCCAGAUUUGAGCAGAGUCAUCGAACUCAAACCUGACUUCACAUCUGCACGUCUCCAGAGGGGAAACCUUCUUCUGAAGCAAGGCAUGCUGGACGAAGCAGAGGAUGACUUCCGGAAGGUGUUGAAGGUCCACCCUACUGACAAUGAGGCGACCGAGGCCCAGAAUCAGCUGAUAAAAUCCGACGAGAUCCAGCGUCUGGUUGCUGAAGCGCGGCACAGCUACAACAGUAAAGACUACGCUGGGGCGGCUGCCCUGUUGGACGCCAUCAUUGAGACUUGUGUUUGGGACGUGACGUCUCGCGAGAUGCGCGCCGACUGCUUCAUUCAAAUGGGCGAAAUGGGGAAGGCCAUCAGUGACCUAAAGGUCUCGUCCAAGUUGAGGAAUGACAACACGCAAGCCUUCUACCAGCUCAGCACCAUCUACUACAACAUGGGCGACCAUGAAAUGUCCCUCAAUGAAGUGCGCGAGUGCCUAAAGCUGGACCCCGAUCACAAGCAGUGCUUCAGUCACUACAAGCAGGUCAAAAAGCUCAACAAACAAAUCCUGUCUGCUGAGGAACUCAUCCAAGAGCAGAGGUACGAGGAGGCUGUAAGUAAAUUUGAGGCGGUGAUGAAGACGGAGCCCAAUGUGCCUCAUUUCAUAAUGCUGGCGAAUGAGCGCAUCUGCCACGCGUUGACACAUGGCCAGCAGCAGCCCGACAGAGCCAUUAAGGUGUGCGGCCAAGUCCUCCAGUCAGACCCGCACAACAUCGACGCGCUGAAGAACAGGGCCGAGGCCUACAUCCAAAAUGAACAAUAUGAGGAGGCUAUUAGGGAUUACCAAAGUGCAUCCGAACACAGCGAGAAUGACCGUCAGAUCCAAGAAGGUCUGGAGAAAGCCCAGCGCCUUUUGAAGCAGUCUAAGAAGAGAGACUACUACAAAAUCUUGGGAGUCAAGAGGACGGCCCAGAAGAAAGAGAUCAUCAAAGCGUACAGAAAACUGGCACAACAGUGGCACCCGGACAACUUCCAAGAUCCAGAAGAAAAGAAGGCGGCCGAAAAGAAGUUCAUAGACAUUGCUCAGGCCAAGGAGGUCUUAACCGACCCGGAAAUGCGAACCAAGUUUGACCACGGCGAAGACCCCAUGGACCCCGAGAGUCAGCAAGUUCACCGCGGAGGCCAUCAAUUCCACAACUUCAACCCGUUCGGAUCGGGAAACUUCCACUUCAAAUUUAACUUCAACUGAGGGUGCCGGAGCUCAAGAUUAAGUUAGUUCUUUACCAAUUCAAAAGGGAGAAUGUGAACUUAAUUAAAGCAAUUUGUCAACAUGUGGACUACUCCAGUUGAAUAUGACACGUUGCUAUGCAAACAAAGAGGAGCUUUUUUAACCACAGUGCUGGGAGCAAGGGGUUCAUGUUUUCUAGUUGAUAAGCAUCCAUUCAGGAAAAUAAUUUUGUGCCAGCAAACUGCUAUUUUUAUAUGACUGGAAAGUGUCUUGACCUGUAAAUAAAGAGCUUAUUUAUAUAAAGUAAAGCA